AUGCAUCUUCCAACUUCAGUUGCCAAGCUUGAGGCUGAAGCACCGCAUGCUCGUGACGGAUCUCCUACGGCCACAGCCAGAGUUACUACUGAUGGAAUUAAGCUGAAAUCAAGCGAAAUCCAUCAUGAAAGAGAAAGGUCUCAGCCAACAGAGGAGUUACUAGCACAAAUAAAUGAGCUAACAGAAAAGCUCAAUCUGCUUGAACAAGCUAACCUAAAGAUUAAAGACGAUCGAGACUACUAUAAAGAUAAAUAUCAGAUGGCAGUGUAA